UAUCUCGUGGAAACUAGGUCACAACGAACACGGACUUAUUUCUGACGGACAACAACAAGACGCUUCAGUUGAAUGCUAGCUGUAGUGGACCUGUCGUAAUUUCGUAAAGUUCGGGCCUUACAUUCAUUGUCAUUCGGAUCCUUGUAGUUGAAGGGUCUCAGGAGUCGGAUAGAUGUCUGAUGCAUCAGAGCUUCCUAAAAAAGAAGAGGAGGAGGUUUCACCAGAGCCAGAACCAGAGGAGCAGUCCGACGACAGCAGCGAGGACGAGGCUGCAGGAGACACAGAGAUGGACUUCCUCCGGAACCUCUUCUCCGGCGCCCUCGGCCUCGGCUCGCCAGAAAAAGUCCUGGAUGAGCUGACUCUGGAAGGAGUGGCUCGAUACAUAAAGAGCGGGAAAUGUCAAAACAUCCUCUGCAUGGUCGGGGCAGGAAUAUCCACGUCGGCUGGGAUCCCUGAUUUCCGCUCACCUGGAACUGGCCUGUAUGCAAACUUGCAGAAAUAUAACCUGCCUUACCCAGAGGCCGUCUUCCAGAUAGAUUACUUCAAGAAACAUCCCGAGCCUUUCUUCGCCUUGGCCAAGGAGCUUUACCCUGGACAGUUUAAGCCGACGGUCUGUCACUACUUCAUGAAGCUGCUGAAGGACAAGGGGCUGCUGAGACGCUGCUACUCACAGAAUAUUGACACUCUGGAGCGCGUGGCCGGCCUCGAGGGAGACGAUCUAAUCGAAGCACAUGGAACGUUCUACACGUCUCACUGUGUCAGCUUCUGUUGCCGCAAGGAGUACAACCUGGACUGGAUGAAAGAAAAAAUCUUUUCGGAUGACGUUCCUCGAUGCGAUAAGUGCAGCAGUUUGGUCAAGCCAGAUAUCGUCUUCUUUGGAGAGAAUCUUCCUGUCCGGUUCUUCACUUCAAUGAAAAUGGACUUUCCACGCUGUGAUCUUCUCAUCGUCAUGGGGACGUCUCUGCAGGUCCAGCCAUUUGCAGGUCUAGUCAGCAGGGUUUCAAAAAGUUGCCCCAGACUGCUCAUUAACAUGGAGAAAGCAGGGCAGGCUGAUCCUCUGUUAGGGUUGCUGGGUUUUGGAGGAGGGAUGGACUUUGACUCAGACAAGGCGUACAGAGACGUGGCUCACAUCAGUACAUGUGAUGACGGUUGUUUGGCUCUAGCUGACCUGCUGGGAUGGAAGGCGGAGCUGGAAGAAUUAGUGAAGCGGGAACACGCCAGAAUUGACAGUCAAGAUAAGAGCGGCGAGAGCAAAGGAGCUGCAGCCAAGGACACAGAAGUGUAGUGAUGCCACAGCUGCCCUUUAAAGGAGUUUGCCUUUUGAAGGGAGAUUUAUGAUGAUCAGAGUUUCUGUUUGGAAGUGAAGUUCAUUCUCCAUCUGCAGAUGUUUAAUGCUUCCCAACAACCUCACAGGGACAUCCCUGUGUUUUAUGCUCCUGUCUUGUUUAUAUAACACUUAUUUGCACUUUACUUACAUUCAUUAACUUUUUCUUUGCAUUGGCUCAAAUCUGUCUCAGAUGUAUAUUUCUUUCUGAGGCAGUUAACUCUGUGCAUGGGCAGAUUUUACUGCAAUAGACAGUGGCGUUGUUCCUACUACAUCCACAUUUAUGCGACACGUGUUUACAGAUUUCACAGAGUAUAGAAGGUAACCAAAACACCGGACAACCAAGUAUUGGACACAUCUCAUGGAGUGAGUUGAGCUUCACUUCAUUUCAGUUGAUGCUUCCUCUAAAGAUAAGCAGGCUGUUAUUGUAUAUUUUAUGCCAUUCCCUGAAGCCAAAAUCCAUUGGCUUGAUUGGUCAGCUAAGUACUUCCUGAUAAGUGAACAGAGGUAGUUGUAAACAUAACAGGAUAAUCGGUUAUGUGGAACUUUUAAAUUAUUGAGUAUAAUAAUUGUUUUUCAUGUUUAACCUUCUGCUCCUGUUUGGUUUGACUUCUGUAACUUCUUUUAACAGAAUGUGCUCAGAUGUUUAAGGAACAACAACAAAGUGACGGUAACUUUGCUUUCUCUGCAGUAACCCUGAGUUAGUUGAUUUUGCUUUUUACACUUUUUGGAGACAGACAAUGUGCUAUAAAGACUUAAGAAGCAUAAACAGACACAAAUUGCUAAAAGAGGUGUAAUAAAUGUAAAAAUAAUAUAGGGGGUGGACAUAAUAACAUCAAUAUCUGUGUAUAUAAAGUCAUGGAAAACCAGUGCAAAUCCUGCAAUAAAUUUGACCUUUGUAAAGCUGA